AUGAAUAGUGGGCCACAUCUCCUACUUCCAACUCUAGUCAUGUCAUGGGGACUAGUCACUCUUUUCCAAGGUUUCGUGAACAGUUAUGGAGGACUUAUAGCAGCUCGUUUCUUCCUUGGUCUGACGGAGGGGGCUAUUUUACCAGGGCUUGUCACCUAUCUCUCGUCGUUCUAUCAUCGACAAGUCCUCGGUAAAAGGUUGGCAUUCUUCUUCUCAGCAACGUCUCUAGCGGGAGCAUUUUCAGGUCUGCUGGCGGCUGCUAUCCUCAACAUGGAGGGUAUUUCGGGAAAGAGAGGCUGGCAAUGGAUAUUUAUAUUGGAGGGACUCUUAACUGUCGUUUGUGGAGCCAUCGCUUUCUUCAUCCUUCCCCGUGAUUUGGCAUCCGUGCGAUACCUAUCCCACGAAGAACGAGGUGCUCUCAUGCUCGCUCACGACAUUGAUGGUGGAGCUACUGCAGAGCACGAAGUAUUCUCGGUCAGACAUAUGCUCUCAGCCAUGAGAUCACCUCAACUAUGGCUUGUGUUUGCUAUGUUCUUCGGAAAUGGAGUUACAUUAUACUCCCUUGCCUACUUUGCACCCACUAUCGUACAGGGUUUAGGUUACAAAGGGAUUUCAAUUCAGCUUCACUCUGUUCCUCCAUACGCUUGUUCAGCUGUCUUCGCUGUACUGGCAUGUUUCCUCAGUGACAAAUUCCGUCACAGAGGAUCUUUCGUCAUUUUCGCAUCUAUCAUUUCCAUCAUAGGAUACGCUCUUUUCCUCAGCUCCACAAACCACCAUGUACUCUACGCCAGUUUAUUCCUACAAGUGAUCGGAGCAUACACUAUGGCACCUCUUCUCUCUACUUGGAUGCCAAAUAAUUUGGCACCAUACUACAAAAGAGUGACAGGAAUUGCUUUUGGUUUCAUCUCAACCAAUUCCGGUGGAAUCCUGUCCACCUGGCUCUUCCCAACAACCGAUGCACCUAGAUACAAGAAAGCUACAUGGACAGCUCUUGGUUUGAGUGUCUCUAUAGUCGUUCUGGCCGUUGCGAAUUCAGCUUUCCUCAGCUUACAAAAUAAAAAUCGGGACUCUGCCCCCGCUGAAAAUCUCGAAGAUUCAGUGGACUCGUUGGAUGGAUUAGGCGACAAGGAGCCCCGAUUCCGUUACAUAACAUAA